AAAAAAGCCAUGCACACAUCUUCCAAGUCUAGAAUUCACAACUUUACACAUUGAAUUCUGCUUUUCCCGAUGAUAAAAAACUAAAGCAAAGCACCCACAAAAGAAAAGAUAACACACACAAAAACACAAAAACACAAAAACACAAAAACAGUAAUUCUUUAGUAUAUUUGUGAAGCGUAAAAUGGAAAAGCAGUUGUUUCAUCUUAGUAAAGCAAAUCCACUAUGUGUUUUAAACAUCUAUACCUUUCCUGAUCCCUUCCCUCCUUAGCUUUCUGAUUACUCAUUUACUUCGCGAGCUUGUCUUCCUUCCCUGCUUUAAUCCUUCUUGACCAAGGAAGUCCCUCUGAUUUGCUCUACUUAUUCUCUCGGAUUUCUUUCCUUCUCCUUACACUUUCUAAGAACGCGAGAGAGACAAGUGUUUGCUAGAGUGACUCAAAAAGAAAUAUCACUCUAGACAGGGAGUGUGACAGCAAAGAACAUAGAGAAAUAUGAUGGUAGAUUGGGGGCCUGUGGUGGUGUCAGUGGCGUUGUUUAUAUUGUUGUCGCCGGGGUUACUGCUUCAGCUGCCUGCAAGAACAAGGAUAGUUGAGUUUGGAAACAUGACCACCAGUGGGAUCUCUAUUUUGAUCCAUGCUGUUAUUUAUUUUUGUAUCCUUACUAUUUUGACGAUUGCAAUUGGCAUUCACAUACGUUCUGGUGUAUAAACUUGAGGUUAAAGCACCUGGAAGUCUGGCCAUCAACCAACCGCUUCGGGUUUCUUCCUUUUUUUCUAUUACCCAACUGUAAUUUCAUUUCUCCUUUCUUCAGCUUCUAGAUACAGAGUUGUAAAGUUUUCGCUCUCAUAUUUAAGGGAAGGUUAUAUCUGACCAGUCUUAUGCUAUACUGCUAUAGCCCUUUUCUCAACUCAUUUUUUAGAUCUAGUUUGAAUUUACUUAUAGCUCAAAGCCGCAGACUCUGAGCUUCUUGAAAAAUAACUUAUUUGAGAGCAUUAGA